AUGAAGUAACAGGAGAGUUGGAACAUGUAUUCAGAAAUUUAGAAAAUAUUGCAUGCUGGGAGCAAAUCUGGGCAUUAAAUUUCAACAUCUUGUGUUUCAAAAGUAUUUUAGUUGUGCCACCAAGUAGACAGAGGACACAUUAUGGGGAGAGGGACAGUUUUGCUUCUGAUUGUGGGGGCCAUUGUGGCUUACUAUGUUUAUACACCACUUCCAGAUGAUGUUGAGGAACCUUGGAAAGUUCUGUGGAUAUACACACAUAUGAGAACUUUAAAAGACUUGGCUCUGUUUGCUGAGUUUUUGGGAAUGAAUCAUUUCAUGAGCAGUGCCAAGAUCUUUAUGAGCUUUCAAGAAGUUCCACCCACUUCAGAUGAAAAUGUCUCUGUGAUGGAAACCACUUUUGACAACAUUCCUGUGCGUGUCUAUGUACCCAAACGAAAGUCGGAGAUGCUAAGAAGAGGUGUAUUCUACAUUCAUGGUGGUGGUUGGUGUUUGGGAAGUGCUGCUUUUCUUGCUUAUGACCUUCUAUCAAGAAAUACAGCUAAGAGACUGGAUGCCAUUAUCAUUUCAACUGACUACAGACUAGCACCUGAAUAUCACUUCCCAAAUCAAUUUGAAGAUGUCUACCAUGCAGUCAAAUGGUUCUUACGUCAAGAUGUUCUUGAAAGAUAUGGCGUAGAUGCUGAGAGAGUUGGUGUUGCUGGAGACAGUGCUGGAGGGAACUUAGCUGCGGCAGUAGUACAACAGCUUCAAGAUGAUCCAGAUGUCAAGAUCAAACUCAAGAUCCAGGCUUUAAUUUACCCUGCCCUCCAGACUCUAGAUGUCAAUUCUCCAUCUUAUAGAGAAAAUGGGCAUUUUUUAGUUUUGUCCAAGCCACUAACAGUCAGAUUCUGGAGUGAAUAUUUUACCACAGACAGAUCACUAGAGAAAGCCAUGCUUUCCAACCAACAUGUACCCCUAGAAUCAAGCCAUCUAUUCAAGUUUGUUAACUGGAGUUCCUUGCUUCCUGAGAGGUUUAUAAAAGGACACAUUUACAACAAUCCAACAUUUGGUGGUUCUGAGCUAUCCAAAAAGUACCCAGGGUUUCUAGAUGUAAGAGCAGCCCCCCUGUUGGCUGAUGACAGCAAUCUUCGUGGUUUACCUGUGACCUAUGUCCUCACGUGUCAGUAUGAUGUCUUAAGAGAUGAUGGUGUGAUGUAUGUGACCCGACUUCGGAAUGCUGGAGUUAGGGUGACCCACAACCACAUUGAGGAUGGAUUCCCUGGGACACUAUUCUUUCCUGAACUGAAAAUUAGAUCCAGAACUGAAAAUCAGUAUAUCAGUUGGCUAAGUGACAAUCUGUAGUCAAAUUGUGAACAAAGGUUUAUUAAAAUUAUAUGAACUUCACUAUGGGAAACCAAUAGGUGAGAAUUAAGAAUUGAAUACUUGGAAAAAUAUUAUCACUGGUGAUCUUCCUAAGGUCCUGAAGAUCACAACAUUUAAAAAAAUUCUUAC